AGAGAGAGAGAUAGAGAAAGAAAGAGAGAGAGAGAGAGAGAGAGAAAGGAGAAGGGCUUGGUUUUGGAAGAUGAGGUGAAGGUGCCUACGUGAUUCAUCCGAUACCUCUCUUGCUCUCCCAAUUCCUAAUUCCAAUUAGGGUUCCAUUUUCUCUCUCUUUUUUCCCCAUUUUCAAUUUCCUUCUCACAAAUUAAGCUCUCAAGGGCAUAUUCUUCAGGGUAGGAUUACAGUUAUAGAACGGUAUAGAUGAGUUUGGCGGGUACAGAAAGCUCAGAAGAGGGUGCAGGGCAUAUGGAGCCUCCCGAUCCUGAUGUUCUUGAAAUUGAUCCUACUGGUCGCUACAGCAAGUAUAAAGAAGUGGUCGGCAAAGGAGCCUUCAAAACUGUUUACAAGGCUUUUGAUGAAGUCAAUGGAAUUGAAGUUGCAUGGGGCCAGGUUCAGAUUGAUGAGGUGUUACAGUCACCAGGUGACUUAGAGAGGCUUUACUCAGAAGUGCAUCUCUUGAAAUCUCUGAGGCACGAUAACAUUGUAAGAUUCUACAAUUCCUGGAUUGAUGAGAAGCGCAAGACUGUUAAUGUGAUUACAGAGUUGUUUACCUCGGGUAGCCUCAAACAGUAUCGGAAAAAGCACAAGAAGGUUGACAUGAAGGCUGUUAAAGGAUGGGCAAGACAGAUUUUAAUUGGUUUAAGCUAUCUCCACAGUCACACACCACCGGUUAUACAUAGGGACCUGAAAUGUGAUAAUAUAUUUAUCAAUGGUCACCAAGGAGAAGUUAAAAUUGGAGAUCUGGGACUGGCAACUUUCUUGGAGCGUACUAAUGCCAAGAGUGUACUUGGAACCCCGGAGUUUAUGGCACCUGAGCUGUAUGAUGAAAAUUACAAUGAAUUAGCAGACAUAUAUUCGUUUGGUAUGUGCAUGCUUGAGUUGGUGACUUCUGAGUAUCCUUACAGUGAAUGCAGAAACUCGGCACAGAUAUACAAGAAAGUUUCAUCCGGUAUAAAACCUGUUGCUCUUUCUAAAGUGAUAGAUCCGGAAGUAAAAUCAUUUAUUGAGAAAUGUCUUGUCCCAGCAUCUCAAAGAUUAUCAGCAAAGGAACUUCUGUCGGACCCCUUUCUCCAAGUGAAUGGUUUGACAAAGAAUCGCCCUUUUCCGUUGCCUGAUAUUGUUCUUCCCAAAUUGGGAGCCUUUGAAAGCCGAUGCAUGAUGUCAGAAGGUCCUGCUAGUGCACGUAAUGGAGCCAUUAUGGAUCUUGGGGAAACCGGUGAGCUACCUGUGAUCACUGUAUUUGAUAGUUCUGCUGAGGGUGCAUCGUCUUCUCCAUGUGUUGAGAUAAGAAGGUUGAAGAGAGGUGAUAUGUUCUUUCUAAAAGGAGAAGAAAAUGAUGAGAAUUCUGUAUCAUUAGUUCUACGGAUAGCUGAUCAGAGUGGACGAGCAAGAAAUAUCCAUUUCAUAUUCUACCUUGACAGUGAUACUGCUGUCUCAGUUUCAAGUGAAAUGGUUGAGCAGCUGGAACUUGCUGAUCACAAUGUUAAAUUCAUAGCUGAGUUGAUAGAUUUGUUAUUGACAAAUUUAGUUCCUGAUUGGAAACCUUGUGUAGUAAUUGAUCAUUUGGUUUCUCCAAAUGGUAAAUUGACUCAAGCGAGCCAACAGAGAGACUUGGAGUUGGCAAAAUACAAAGGAAACUCAAAACAUUCUACCGAAAUUGUGGCUGAAGAUGUACGUCCCUCAACGUCAUAUCGAAGAUCAGCUACAAAAGAAAACCAUGAUAAUAUUGAUUUUGAUGAGGUUUUAUCACAUGAAUGGAUUGGUCUUUCAAAAGCAACAAAGGCAGAUGAUUUGUGUUCUGAGAUAUCAUAUGCUUCUGCAACAACAUCUGACUUCAAUGAUAAGUUUUCAUUCAUCUCUGCUGAAUCAGGAUUUGAUAGAGGUAGUCAAUCCUCAUUUGCAUCUGAAAUUGAGGCAUCGCCUGAUUACAGGAGUAAGUCUUCAGACCUGGGAAGCAACGGCAUCAUGAGCUUCUCUAGUUAUCCCAGUGGUGUUUCCUCCUUGUCUGAAGCUGACGAUGAGUUGAGAAUAGAAUUAGAAAUGAUUGAACAGAAGUAUCAAGAGGCCAUCAAAGAAUUAUCCAAAAAAAGAAACCAGGCCAUCAUGGAGAUUAGAAGGAGAAUGUCAGACAAGAUUAUCAUAGAAUAAUUUCACCAGUCUUUUUCUUUUUUUGGUACAGAUUUUACUAGUCUUUUUUUUGUGGGGGGGCUAUAAGAGAUUUUACUAGAAUUUUUAUUAGUUACCUUUUUUGUCCCCUUCUUUCUUCAUCAUACCCGUGAAUUGACAAGUGUAAAUAGCACGGUGUGGAUGAAAACGUUCCCUUCUUAUGUCAACGAUAUUUUCUUUUUAAAGAUCUAUUGAAGUUAUCCUUG